AUGACAGCAGCUGCACAGACGAAGCGUGCAGCCAAACAAGAAGGCACGAUCGCAGACGUGUUCACGACACUCGGACCUAGUACCGAAGUCGCUGUACUUCCAGCUCGGUUCGCUCAGCUGAAGAAGGAUGUGCUCGCCGAUAUGGGUGCAACCCAUGCGGGCAUCUUGCUGGCUUGGAAGCAGGUUCUAGCUGCUUUGGAAGAGCGGACGAAGGAGAUUGUUAAUUUGGGAGGACAAGUUAUUCCUCGUGUGUCGUUUACCGAUAUUGAACGCGGCUUGUCCAACACCCAGAAGGAUGAUGUCAAGAAAUCUGGUGUUGUUGUAGUCACUGGCGCAGUUCCAAAGGAGGAAGCGCUGCAGUGGAAAGCGUCACUGAAGCAAUAUAUCGCCGCAAACCCUGUCAAAGGCUUCCCAGCGAACGAUAUUCAAGCAUACGAGCUCUACAAUACCAAACCUCAAAUUGCGGCGCGUACUCAUCCAGCCAUUCUCCGUACUCAACAAGAGCUCCUUCAGCUUUGGCACGACCCAUCAAACAAGCACGUUUGCUUUAGUACACCUAUUAGCUACUUCGACCGCUUGCGCAUUCGUACUCCUGGCGACAAAUCGUUCACACUUGGUCCUCAUAUCGAUGGGGGUAGUGUCGAGCGCUGGGAGGACCCUGCGUACCGUAGGGUCUUUCGCCGAAUCUUAGCAGGCGGAGCUGGUUGGAAGUUACAUGACCCAUUUGAUGUGUCCUGGCGCAUGGAUGCAAAGCAAGAUCUAUAUAAUGCACCAGGUCAAUGUUCUGUGCUCCGUUGUUGGCAAGGCUGGACCUCACUCUCCACAACUGGCGUCGGUGAGGGUACACUUCGCGUACUUCCCAUGCUCUCCCUAGCGACGGCGUACAUCAUACUUCGUCCUUUCUUCCGACCUAACCCUGAUGGUGGGGAGUGGGAGCUAGACUUGGAAGGUAGCUCUUUUCCAGGAAGUGUACCAGGCAAGGGGCAGGAGCUUAACGAAGAAACGCACCCGCAUUUGAGACUCGGCGAGACCAUGACGAGCAUUCCAGAGAUUCAACCUGGUGAUCAGGUUUACUGGCACUGCGACACUGUACAUUCUGUUGAAAAACUGCACGGUGGUCAAAAUGAUUCGUCGGUUUUCUAUAUUCCUGCAGUCCCGCUUUCCGUGAAAAACGCAUCAUACAUUCGGGACCAACGAGCUAAUUUCGUUCACGGUCUUCCCGCUCCGGACUUCCCGGGAGGCUCCGGCGAAUCUACUUUCAUAGGACGAGCUACGGCACAGGAUAUCACCACUAGCCAAGGACGUCGGGCAUUGGGUUUCGAACCGUUCGUAUCAAGGGGUGGCGAGAACAACGAGCUUAUCGAUACAGCGAAUCGUGCGUUGUUCGGUUGA